GUAGAGUGCAGCUGAUGACGUCAGAAAGGUGCGCCGCACAGCUGCCCCGACCUGUCAGUAGAUGAGUGUUGUUUAGGUGAUGCCGAACCUUAGAGAGGCGGAGGAGAGCCGGCUCACCUCAUGUACCGGAGCCAGGAAGGCGGGGAAACCCGGGCCUCCACCGGGACACAGACCGAGAGCAUGCAGGGUCAGGUUCCGAGGCUUUCGAAAGUUAACUUAUUUACCCUGCUAAGCCUUUGGAUGGAGGUUUUCCCUUCUCGUGAAGAUGCAGAGAACAAGAAACAACCACAGCAAGUAAAGAAGACAGGUCUUGUAGUUGUGGGUAACAUGAAGAUCAUUGGCUUGCACUGUUCCAGCAGUGAGCUUCAUGCGGGUCAGAUUGCUGUUAUUAAACACGGCUCAAGACUCAAGGAUUGCGAUCUUUACUUCUCCAGAAAACCAUGCUCUGCCUGCCUGAAAAUGAUUGUCAAUGCUGGAGUGAACCGAAUUUCAUACUGGCCCUCAGACCCGGAAAUGAGCCUCCAAGCAGAAAUAUCUUCCCACAGUAUCAACGAAGAUGCCAGGCUAGAUGCCAAGGCAGUAGAGAGGCUGAAAUCAAAUAGUCGUGCUCACGUCUGCGUGCUGCUGCAGCCACUAGCAUGUUACAUGGUGCAGUUUGUUGAAGAAACCUCCUUGAAAUGUGACUUUGUCCAGAAGAUUGCGAGGAAGGAACCGGACUUCCCAAUAAGCACUUUUUAUGAGUAUCGCCAGGAGAGGAUUAAGCAGUAUGAAACCUUGUUUUUAAUCUCCAGUGAAGACAUGCACAAGGAUAUCCUUAGAACAAUAGGGCUGGAGAAUCUCUGUGAGAAUCCAUACUUCAUAAGCCUGAGACAGAAUAUGAAAGAGCUGGUGCUGAUACUGGCCACAGUGGCAUCCAGUGUUCCAAGGGUUUCUGAUUUUGGGUUCUACCUCAGUAAGACAAGCAGUGAGAGUGGCCCGAGUCUAACCCAAGAUAUUGCCCAGCACUGUAUAAUUCAAGCCCGGCUGCUGGCAUAUCGAACAGAAGACCACAAGAUUGGAGUGGGUGCCGUUAUUUGGGCAGAGCGUCAGUCUGACUCCUCCUCAGACUGUGAUGGCACAGGACCUAUGUAUUUUCUGGGUUGUGGAUAUAAUGCUUUCCCUGUUGGUUCAGAAUAUGCUGAUUUUCCUCACAUGGACGACAAGCAGAAAGACAGAGAAAUCCGGAAGUUUCGUUAUAUUGUUCAUGCAGAGCAGAAUGCCAUAACUUUCAGAUACAAUGAGAUUAAACCGGAUGAAAACAGCAUGAUCUUUGUCACAAAAUGCCCAUGUGACGAAUGCGUCCCCCUGAUUAAAGGCUCCGGCAUCAAACAGAUCUAUGCUGGAGAUGUGGAUAUUGGAAAGAAGAAGGCUGACAUUUCAUACAUGAAGUUUGCAGAACUCAAGGGAGUCAGUAAAUUUGUAUGGCAGAAAAACCCUCAAAGCUCUUUUGAUAAUUCAUCUGAUUCCAGCUACGAGGAGAGACUGGACCCUUGAAAAACAACACACAAGACGAUUUAUCCCUUAAGAACAAGAGAAUACAUCUUGGGGAAAGCCUAUAAGCUACGUGGUUUUCUCACCACAGAAUGUUUUAUUUUCGGAGUUAUUUUAGAAUAGAUUUUAUUUAUUGCACAGCAGAAAGUUCUAUUUUAAGAUUUACAGUGAAUUAUUUAUUUUAAUCAUUUGACUAGUUUAUACAGACUGAUGGAGUUUUUACUCUUGUACAGCAAAAAAGGAAUCUCGCACUCAGAUUUAUGAAUGCCGCACACACUUGGAUAGGUUGGCAUCCAUAUCCUGUCUAAUCCAGAAGCACUGGGCCAGGGUGGUUAAAGAUUAUGAAACUCGGGUUAUAUCUCCUGUGACACUGAAAAGUGUUUCGUGUUUUGAGGGAUACCAUAAUCCAAAUAUGUAAAAUGUAUAACAUUUUAUAUACGUAACACAGAAGUUGUUUUACUAUACCUGGGUGCCAGUGUUAAAACAAAUGUGCUGGGAUACUCUCCACUGGCUGGAGCCUGCUGUAAUGAGAUUUUCACUUUGUGUCUCUGCCCUCUCGCAGUCGCACAGCUGGAAUCCCUAAAUAUUGGUUCAUUUCAAUCGGCUCGAGAAUCCAUCAAUGGAGUGUGGUGAUUCUCAUUUGGCUCUGUAAUAAGAAAUAUCUGAUUUGGGUUGUCAUCCUCCAUGGAAAACUGAAAUACUUUUCGGUGGGGGUUGGCCGUUAACUCGGAAAUGAUAUAUAAUUUGCUGCUGAGAUAUUUUGCAGCACUUUAAGGUCGAGGAGCGAAAAUUUGUGCACACAGCGAUUCAUUGACCAUGUGUGAAGGGGAGCCAUGUUCACAAGAGCUUACAUUCUAAAUGAGUUUUGGAAGUAAAAUUCUUGUUUGAAUGCUCCAGAAUAAAAUAUGAUUUAAUGGAUUGACCCGGUCCUGUAUAGGUUAUGCACUUUUGCUCAUUUCUGCAUUGUGAGGCCAACUGCCAUGUAUAGGAAAAAUGUUAUGAGCACAUUAGACCUUUUACAGGAAAUUCUUCAAAAAAAUAUUUUUUUUUAAGGCUCAUAAUAACCCCCUAAAAAUAGGCAGUACACCGAAGAUGAGAUCCAAAAAUAGGAUAAUAACGGGCAAAAGGUAAUUCUGAUAUAGGUGAGCGGUUUGUGUUCCAGGGGCUUAAGGCAGGCCGUAGAUUAUGUAAUUUCCUUCCACCACUGUUGGGUGGAAAGAAAAUUGCCAGAUCAAGCUAUUUUUCUUUUUAAAAUGUUGAAUAAUUUUUAUUAAGAAUUUUCAAAAAGUACAGAUCAGGUAGAAAAAACACAAAAUGUCUUCUGGUUCUGAUAAUAUAUCAAAUUAGGCACAAUGAGCAAUUUUGUUUUGAUGGGGGAAUCCCCACCCGCAGAGCUAUUGUGUUCUGUCAGCGGAGAUUAGUGUUGCCAGUUAUAGCUGGUGGCACUAAUCAUUUGGGAAAACUCUGACAGGCUGGUUGUACCAGAUAAAUUGACCAGGGUGCCCAGACAUCGAUAGAAAUGAAGCCAGUCAAGACGUACCCAGCUGAGUUUUGAUCCCAUGUAUGGUAGGCUUUAACUUGGCGUUAUACAGCAACAUGUAUGAGUACGUGUCACCUUUCUUAAGAGUGUGAACUGUAAAUUUAGAGCCCACCUGUGGCAUCUCAUACAGUUAUUGGUAGCAAGAGCUCUAUGAUGGUUUUAAAUUAUCACUAAUCUGUAUUUCUAUUUUUAAAGUGAAAAUUAUUUCACUUUACACACAAAAUUAAUUUUUUUACAACUGUUGGUGUAGCACCCUUGUCUGUAGCUGGCAACAACACUUUAGUCUGGCUGCAUUCUUUCAUUAUCUGGAGGGGGGGCAGUAUAUAGUGACCAAGUUUUUCCAACAAGAAUCACACUUAUGUAAAUUACAUUUUCUGUUAAAUUGGCAACUGGUAGAAAGAUAAGCAGAUUAAUAUAUAUUAUAAUUGAACGGUUGGCAGACGACAUAUGAUGUGAUGAUGGUGCUGUAAAUCUAAUAAAUGUGUAGCAUUAUAAUGAUCAGCAGGACAAAAUCCAGCAGAAUACAUGCAGCAGACCUGUCGGCAAAUGUUAAAGUAAACAUAAUCCAGAUAUUUGUUCUUUAAAAAUGCAUUGUAAAAUGCU